AUGUUGCUGGAUAACUUUAAAUCAUACGCUGGAAAAGUAGAGAUUGGGCCCUUUCACAAGUGUUUUAGUGCCGUUGUCGGACCGAAUGGCAGUGGCAAAUCAAACGUUAUUGACGCUCUACUCUUUGUAUUCGGCAAGCGUGCAUCAAAGUUACGUCUAAAGAAAGUCUCGGAACUGGUUCAUCGCUCUGCGGGUUUCCCUGACUUACAAAUGGCGACAGUCUCGGUCUUUUUCCAGGAGAUUAUCGACACGGACGAUAAGUAUGACAGUGCAGUGACAGAAAACGAAGCUAAUUACACUGUUGUACCAGAUUCUGAAUUCAGUGUCACGCGUACAGCCACAAAAAGUAACGUGAGCAAGUAUUACGUCAAUGAGAAAGCCCGUAAUUUUACAUACGUGAUGGAGCUACUACAAGAUAAAGGCAUUGACCUGGAUAAUAAUCGCUUUCUUAUCUUACAGGGUGAAGUAGAACAGAUUGCUAUGAUGAAAAGCAAAGGAGCUGAAGGCACGAACGAAGAUGGACUGCUUGAGUAUCUCGAAGAUAUUAUUGGAUCGAAUGUCUAUGUCGAGCCAACGGAGCGGGUAUGGGACGAGGUAGAAAAUUGUAACGAAGUGCGAGGAGAUAAAGUGAACCGCGUUAAGCUUGUUGAGAAGGAAAAGGCACAUUUGGAAGGACCACGUGCAGAAGCACUUGAGUACCUUCGCAAGGAGAAGGAAGUGUAUAUGAAGACAAACAUCUUGUACCAGUUGUGGAUUCAAGAGGCGUCCAAGAACCGCGAGUUGUGUGAGUCCAAACGUGAUGAGCUGCAGGCCAGAUACAAGGCAGAGCUAGCACGGAUGGAGAAAAACCGCGAAGAGUUGCAGGUUGUUGAAGCCGUGUACCAGCGAAUAAAGAGUGAGCAUGAUGAAGUUGCAGCUCAGCUGGACGAGUUGAAGACGGAAUACGCUGACUUUGAAAAGCAAGACGUGAAGUUGCGAGAAGAGCUAAAAUACGCCAAGGAAAGGCAAAAAGAGUUGCAGUCGACGCAAAAAAAAGAGCUGGCGAAGCAGAAGAAUAUCGAGCAAAGGGUGCAGGAGAAUGAGGAACUGGUACCGAAGCUGGAGAAGGAGGUAGAAAAGCUGCAGUUGAAACUGAAGAAACAGGAACAGGUGCUCGAGGGCAUUUUGGAGGGUCACAAGGAAGAAACGGCCAAGUUACGUAGCACGAUGGAGUCCAUCCAGCAGGACAUGGAGCCGUUUCAGACAAAAAUGAAUGCGCUGCGAUCAGUGAUCGAUACUACUGAGACGGAGAUUCAGCUCGUGGAAGAGCCUGUCACAAAUGCUAAGAAGGCACUUGAAGCCAACGCCUACGGCAUAAUUGAGGCCGAAACAAACUGGCGUGGGCUUGAAGAAGACCAGGCCGAAAAAAGCGAGAAGCUCGCCAAGAUGAAAGACCGCAUUAUCGUCGCCAAGCGAGAGUUGGACGAUGUCAAAGGUAGAGAUAGCUCUGUUGCAGAGAAAUUUCGUGAAGCACGCACAAAAGCUGAAGAGGCAUCUGGUGCAGUGCAAUCGCAUGCAACUCGGAACCGUAUGCUCCGGGAGCUACUUGAUGCGUCCAAACCAGGUAUGCCACUUGAGAAUGCUGGCUUGUUCGGUCGCUUGGGCGACCUUGGUGCAAUUGACGGCAAGUACGACGUUGCUAUAUCAACUGCUUGUGGCGCGCUCAAUAAUUUAGUUGUUGAGACGACUUCGGGUGCUCAAGCCUGUGUGGCUUAUCUGCGUAAGCAUAAUUUGGGACGCACUACGUUUCUGAUUUUGGAGCAACUGGGCUAUCUCAAGGCGAAGUAUACUCAGCACUUUCGUGCUGUUAAGACGCCUACCGGACACCAGGCACCGCGAUUGUUUGACUUGGUGAAAGUGAAUGAUGACAAAUACCUGCCAGCGUUUUACUAUGCCCUGCGUGACACAUUAGUAGCUAACGAUCUGGACGAGGCUUCAGCGAUUGCUUAUCAAGGACGCCAAUGCAAAUAUCGCGUCGUCACUUUGGACGGACAGCUUGUAGAAAUGUCCGGCGCAAUGUCAGGGGGUGGCAAGCGAGCCCGCAGUGGCGGUAUGUCGAGCACCCUUGCGAGCGGUUUGAGCGAGGGUGAGAUUCGAGCUUUACAAGAAGAGGCAUCGUCUUUACGAAACGAGUUGGAACAGAUUCGUGAUGAGAAAGUUUCACUUGAAAAAGAGUUGUCACAACUUAUCCGCAAAGUUGAGCAAUAUGAAAAGGAUUUGCCCAAGAUUAAGCUAGAUAUAAGAGCUACAAAGAUGCGACUUGAGGAUUUUAGAAAGAACAAAAGCUUUCUUGAAAAACAAACGACACUGUCUGCGGAUGCGAAGAAGCAACUUGAGAAGCUGAACGAUACGAAGACCGUGAAGGAGGCUGAGUACAAAACGACGAAGAUGAAAGUGGACAAAAUGGCUGCUGAGCUUGCCAAAAUGAAGGAGCAGAUUCUUGAUGUGGGUGGUGAGAAGUUGCGCAAGGAACAGGAUGUAGCAAGAAAAAUCACAAAGCAAAUUGCGGAAAAAACGAAACAAAUGACUAAGAUUCGAGUCGAUUUCAAGAGCAGCCAAAAAAACACCGAGAAGAAUGAGCAGACCCUGAAGAAGAUCAAGGAAGAUAUCGAAGCAGCGAAAGAGAAGAUCAAAGACACUCGUGAGCAAAUUACUGCAAUGGAGGAGAAAGCGUUAGCAAUCCUCAAGAAGUCCGAGGCGGUUCAAGCGCAGGUUACUGCGAAGGAAAAGGAACUUCGCAAGGACGAGUCAAAGUACAGGAAACUGAAGAAGGAGUACGAUGAGAUGGCAAGUGCCGAGGUUGAUUUGUCCAACAGCUUGGAAGAUUGCGAAAAAAUGCUGGAAGAAAACGCAAAGAAAGAGACAUACUGGAAGGCAAAACUCACGUCACUCCAUUCAGCGUUUAUCGUGGAGCAAGAGCAGAAUGCAGGCGUUUUCGAGGAUGAAAAAGAUUUGCCCGCUCGCAAGCGCCAAAAGAAGACCAAGAGCGCUGACAGAGACGAAGCAAUGGAUGAGCAAAAGGAGGAGGGUAGAGAUAACGAGGACAGCGAUGAGGAGGAAGAUGCUAACUUUGAUGUGACGCUGGAGAAGCUCCCGAUGUUAGAGGCUGUGGCGCUAUCUCGCUACAGCAAGGAGGAAAUGAAGUAUGAGAUUUCCGUGCUAGAACAGCAGCGUGACGAGCUCAAAGCAAACGUGAACAUGGGCGCACUGGCAGAGUAUAAGCAAAAAGAAGCGGAACACAAAGCCCGCCUCGUGGAACUGGAGGAAGCGACGAAGCUCCGUGAUGCGAAGCGCCACGAGUACGAUGAGCUGCGGCGCAAGCGACUGGAAGAGUUCAUGACAGGUUUCCGCAUCAUUACGCUGAAACUGAAAGAGAUGUAUCAAAUGAUCACGCUCGGUGGUGAUGCUGAACUGGAGCUUGUGGAUUCAUUGGACCCAUUCUCAGAAGGUGUGGUAUUUAGCGUGAGGCCUUCAAAGAAAAGCUGGAAACAUAUUUCGAAUCUAUCUGGCGGAGAGAAGACCCUUGCUUCGCUGGCAUUGGUGUUUGCGUUGCACCACUACAAACCGACGCCACUGUACGUGAUGGACGAGAUUGAUGCCGCACUGGACUUCAAAAAUGUGUCAAUUGUGGGCAACUACAUUAAGCAGCGUACGCGCAAUGCGCAGUUCAUCAUCAUCUCUUUGCGCAACAAUAUGUUUGAACUUGCGGAUCGUCUAGUCGGGAUUUACAAGACGAACGAUGCCACAAAGAGUGUAACAAUCAACCCGAAGGUUUACGAGCAAGGCACCGCCAAGGCCUCCAAUGGGACGACAACGCCACUGACGAAGAGAUUAAAAUCCUCCAGGAUGAAUAAUCCUGAGAGUGGCCUUCGUCGGUCUGCAAUCAGUGCCCGGCGGUCCAGCGAACAGUCGGUGACGUUCCCUAUAGUACAUCAAGCUGCUUCAGCAACGAGUACACCACUGCAGGACCGAACUACAGCGCGUAGGUAG